AUGAGUCCCACUGUCAAAUCUUGCCUUCUGAUCAUUGCCACCAACAUAAUCAUCGCCAUUUACUUCUUAUCAACGUGCAGAAAACGGAUCAAUUUGUACGAAAACGUCGCUCCGACGGUCCUUCAAAUACGGUAGGCAAUCGGAGAGCAAUCGGAUGGAAAAGAAGGAUUUGCAGGGAAAAACAAGAGAUAGAUAACACAUUUCCAAUUGUUUUUUACAAUAAUGCAUUCAUAGAUCACAGGUAUUAAUGUGACCAGUGUCGUUUGGAGAGAUCGAAAAGAUAGUUCAGGUACAAUCCGCCUCGUUUGCGGGUGUUCUCCAUGAAUCCGUGUGUCGCUCCGAAAGAGUUCAUCGUAGUCGAACUGGACGGAAAAGGAACGAGAGUCCGGCUGAGAGGGGAGCCGACGGAAGGAGAAUGUCCCUGGCACUGGGCCACUCAAUGUCUAUACAAUUCGUACAUCUGGACGGCGCAAUUGCCAGACGGCGACGUCGAAAAAGUGAGUGCAUUCGGAGGGCCGUCAGUCGCCAUUCCAUCAUUUUCCUUUUCAGAUCACAAUUCACUUGGGCAAUCAUACAGUUACCAUUAGAGUUCAAAACGUUUCGGUGAAAGAGAAACACGGGUUUACUGUGUGUGUACAGCCGGUUUACUGGUACUCGGAAUUCCAUAAUAUUGCGCUUUUCAUAGAGGUUUUUGAAACAUCCUGCUUGGAAAUUGGAUAACUACUGUCAUUUUCAGAGUUGGCGUGCUCAGGGAGCCACUCGAUUCAUAGUCUACUUUCACUCCUCAACAAAAGAAGUCCGACGGUUACUCGAAUACUAUCGGAACUUGGGCAUUCUCGAUCUGAAACCGUGGCCGAGUUUGGGCUCUCCGUCUCCUUCGGCCACCUCUCACUUCCCGUUCCCUUCUUUCGAUUCUUCGACGUAUCGCGUCGGCCACACGCUCGCUCAGAACCUUUGUGUGCUCGAAAUGCGGACGGAGCUCGGAGCGAUCGCGGAUUUCGACGAAGUUAUGGUCCCACAAGAGGGCAUUUUGACAGAUUACGCACAGAAAACAAUGGAGCCGGGAGUGAUCGGAGCCCUCAGUUUCCCGCAUCUACUUGUUAAGUUCGAACCGAAAAUUUCGUCCAUGGACUACUUUGGAGUGUUGAAUCCGGUCUUUGUGGACAGAAAUGGACCUCCCAAGGUACAGGCUUGUCUUUUUCACAAGUUAUAGAAAACAUGCUUGAUUUUGAAAAGUCUGCUUUCCAUUUUAUUUCCUCCUUUCAGGUGGCAUUCAACAGUUCGAGUGUCGAUGUGAUCGGGACCCACUCCGUGAGGAAGUUCAUCGGAAGCGAAUCGACCGUCACGGUGAGCACAUUCCUUCUUUCUCUUUGGUUUUAUCUUCUUUUCAGGCUUCUGGAUCCCUUCUCCACUAUCGGCACAACAGUAAUACGGAGGUAGCGAAAGAAGUGAGAAGCACCAUGGAACUGUUUCCCGACAGUGGGGUCUUCUACGUUCGGAAGAUUCGGAAUACCCUUCGGACAGUCUUCGGAGAUUCCAUUCCUGUUUACAACUCUACCUUCCUUCACGUUCUGAACGAGUGUAUAAGCAAAAUUGUGGGCGAGGGAAAGUGUCGGAGUACGGUGACGUACUGUAGCCAAUGGAUGGAAUCGCUCACAGAGUGGGAACGAGAAGAGACUAAACACGUUUUUGCUGUGUAG